CUGCGAUUGUCAAGCAACGGUAAGUCCGCGCGGGCCCACAUACGUGAAAUCUCCAGAAACAAUGCUGCGGGAGCAGGUGAUCGGAUGCGUGCUGGCCGUACUCUUAGGGCCGGGGGUCCUGGGGACGCUGGUCAAGGAGGCGGCCGUUGGGGAGGUGGCCGUGCUUCCAUGCCCCAGCAACGACUCGGAACACCGCUUCCAGUUCUGGCAGAUCAACGAGGACCUCAUAAUCGGCCCCGGAAACGCUCUCGACCACCACAAGUACAAGUACGAUGUCCUCACCGGAACCCUCACGAUCAAGGGUGUUUCAUCCCGGGAGAAUGGAGUGUACACUUGCGUAUGCAAAAAGCUGGGAAGCAACUCAUCCGAGCCGAUCCAAGGGUCUCUUUUCAGAUCAAAAUCUAUCGAGCUUGUCGUUAAGAAGGAUUGGGAGGUUGUCUACGAGACUGACCAUAUG